AAGGCUUCUUAGCUCACGGCUAUCUGCGUAACCGUGACUCUGGCCACGUAAUUUGUUCGACGUCACUGGUUUCCAUGGCAGCGGGAAAGCCUGGCGUCUCCAGGGAAACAGAAAGCGUCAACAAUCCAAACGUGAGCUGCUAAAAUUAGUAUACUAGCACCAAUUAAAAUAAUUGUUUUGUUAUAGUUGCUUAUAGUUUAGCAGCUUUUUCCUCCUCGUUUGUGUCCGCUGCGCUUUUUAUUUUUGUUUAUUUGUUUUGUUUUUCUGAAUGGAUUGUCUUGGGGUAUCUUCCGAACAGAGCCUCCAGGCUCUGUCUGCCUUGUUGUCCAGUCAGCAGGACGAAGAAGAGGAAGAUGAGGAGUGUAAAGAUGUGAAAGCAUAUGCACGCUUGGGUCCCGGACACAUUGGCCCCCCACCCAAAAAAGAAAAACAAGUGUCAACCGCAUACACGAAGAAGAACAGCAAAGAUAUCUGGUGUGAAGAAGAAGUGGCCGUAGGCUCACAGUAUGAUGAUCUGACUGACCCAAGGCCACAACCUGAGUAUGAAAUAAUCCUGAAGCAGAGUGUAGGAACAGAGGAUCUCUUCUUGGGAUUAAGCAGAAAGGAUCCAUCCUCCAUGUGUUGUGAAGCCAUGCUGGUUAAAAUCAAACUACCAGACACUAAAGCAACAGAUGUGGUGCUGGAUGUGAAAGAAAAGUUCCUUGAUCUACGGACGCCAAAAUACAAACUGGGGCUCCAUCUCCCUGAUCCGGUCCACAAAAAUGAGAGCAAGGCCCAGUUCUUCAGUGAGAGGGAGGAACUGGAGGUGACUCUACUAAUGAAGCAUCCUAUGGAUUUUAUCAAUAUGCAAUGAAAAAGGAUGACUUAGCAGCAAUUACCAUUAUACAAACUGACACAUUAAGGAUUAAAACCAGAAAGGAAUUGGGAAAUAAUCAGCAAAAACAUUAAUUUUUUCAUGAAUUUUGUGAGUUUAAGCUAUUGUUUGUGUCAUCACAGCCUCUAUGACUGUUAAAUUGUGGAUUUCUAAUAAAUACUUGACUCCAAAA